GGAGAAGGAGAGGGAGGGGGCAGCGAGCCAGACCGGAUCCUUCAUGAGGGAAGAGGCCAGGGAGAGCCAGCCAGCCCCGGCUUCUCUUCUCUUCACUCAUAUUAUUUUGCAUUGCAAGGCGAAGGUGCCCGAGCAAGGGGCUGCGCUAGGAUGUCCCGUCAUGAAGGUGUGAGCUGUGAUGCAUGUUUAAAGGGUAACUUCAGAGGACGACGUUACAAAUGUUUAAUUUGCUACGACUAUGAUCUUUGCGCAUCGUGCUACGAGAGCGGUGCAACUACAACCAGACACACGACAGAGCAUCCCAUGCAGUGUAUAUUAACCCGCGUUGACUUUGACUUGUACUAUGGUGGAGAAGCCUUCUCGGUGGAGCAGCCCCAAGCCUUCACAUGUCCCUACUGUGGCAGAAUGGGCUACACAGAGAUGUCCCUGCAGGAGCAUGUGGCUGCAGAGCAUACAGAGACCUCCACAGAAGUGAUCUGCCCCAUAUGUGCAGCACUUCCUGGUGGUGACCCAAAUCAUGUGACAGAUGACUUUGCUGCUCAUCUAACACUUGAACACAGAGCACCCAGAGACUUGGAUGAGUCCAGUGGCGUGCGGCAUGUGAGGAGGAUGUUUCACCCCGGGCGCGGGUUAGGGGGCCCGCGAGCCCGCAGGUCUAACAUGCAUUUCACCAGCAGCACCACAGGGGGGCUUUCCACCAGUCAGAGUUCAUCACAGAGCUCCAACUACAGCAGAGAGGCCAUGGACCCCAUAGCAGAGCUUCUGUCUCAGUUGUCGGGGGUACGGCGUUCAGCAGGAGGUCAGCUCAGCUCGGGCCCGUCUGCCUCCCAGCUCCAGCAGCUUCAGAUGCAACUCCAGCUGGAACGCCAGCAGGCCCAGGCAGCACGUCAACAGCUGGAGACUGCCCGAAAUGCCACCAGAGGUGGCGGCCGAGCCAAUGCUAUUCUAAAUACCAAUUCAGCCACUGCAAACCCCAACCCAAGCGCCAACCAUAAUACCAACCCAAGCCCUAACCCGGGCCCACCCGAGCCCAACACACAGCAUACUGCACAUAGCUCCCAGUUUCUACUCAGCAGGCUGAACGAACCACGGCUGUCUGAGGCAGAGCGCCAGGCGUGCGAGGCCCAGUGGGCCGACAGGAGCCUGUUCGUGACGGAGCUGCUGCUGUCCACACUGUUACCAGACGAGGACGCCUCAGCCUCCUCCUCCGAGGACGAGGAUGACUGUCACGGUUCGUUGCGGAAUUUCGCUGACUUCGAGGCCAUGGGUUGUGUUGAGGUCAUGACCUUAGACGUGGCGCUGGAGAACCUCAACCUGAAGGAGACGACCCCAGCUACCAAGACGACGAAGACGACAACUAAAACGGCACCAACGAAGAAAGAGCCUCCUCCGCCGCCUCUUUGAUGACAUGGCCCUUCCCUCCCCUCAAAACCACCAUUGUAACUGGCUGACUGCGGCGUCAGUCCAACUGCCAAUGGAUGACAAAAAGACUGCAGUUCUUCUUGGCUUUUUUUUUUUUUUUUUUUUUUUUUCCUCUCAGUGAUCAUCUGUCAGUGAUCAUGUCAUUUCAGCUCUGUUGCUCCCCACUCCCACCCCAUGUUUUAUGUUGUCCAUUGAAUAAAAGUAGUGAGACGAGAGAAUGUGAAAGCAAGAGUGGUGGCUGCGUGAGAGAAAGGAAAAAUAACUAUAUAAAUAUAUUAUAGAAAAAUCUAUAUGAAAGUUGAUAAUCAAAUCCACAUAACCCGUGUUUCCUUUAGCAGAUGAGUAAAGCGUAGUUAGCCAUUUUAAGAGAAACUUGUCACACACUCCACUCACCAAGAGAGAGGAGCAGACAGAAGCCUCUCUGGUAAAAACGCUGCUGUGUAUUUAUAGUUAUAAAUUAAAGAAGUGCUUGGAUGGUUUACCACAACUUAAGCAUGAGCUUAAAUCACCAUGUGCCCAUUUUUAACUGCACAGUCACUAGACGGGGAGGUCUUUCUCUUUUUGUUCGUACACCUGAGUAACUGUACAUUAAUGGUGCUGAGUGCCGCAUCGCCGGCACUUCACCGCACACACUAGACACACACACGAACACAGACUGAUGACGGCGUUUGGUUACCUUCAAGUCCAAUCUCACCCUCCUCCCUCCCCUUUGUGUGACAUUACCUGUUUUGGGUCAUGUGACCUUGCUUUCUAUCAACUGUGGGCACUUUGGUUUUGAAUUGCAUAUCCAGUGUCCAUUUGUGUACACUACAGAUGCUCUACAUAAAAGCGAUACACAACUUGGAGGCAACCAGAGAUGAAACUAUCUCAGCAGUGUGACCGUUUUCAGGCCUUUUCUAACAUGGAAGAAACGCGACCCUGUUCUUCAUGUGGUUGUUUUUUGUUUUUUUUUUUGUUUUUUUAAAUCUUCGCCCUCCUUUCUCUCUUAAAUGAAGAUCAGAUGCUACUUUCUCAAGCUUCCAGUGAUCUGAGAUUAAUCUUCUCUCCAUUACUCAUGAAUGCAAAGAUUACUCAUCAUGUGACUUGAAGGAGAGAAUCCUGUAUUGCUCUUUCCAUUAAUUUCUCUCACUCAAAACGAUCUUUGUAUGCCUCCACUGCUACCUGAGGAAAUGCAAUGUAUGUUUUUUGGCUUACCAAAGAAGCCAAAUCACAGGGUAAACCUUUCAGUUUGGAGGACAAUAAAAAAUGCUUUUGGAUGGAAAUGAACUAACUCAAUCCUGCUCUCUGGUUUGUUUGUUUGGUUUUUUUACUUUCUUUUUUCUCAGUUGCUAACUUCUUGGCGAGCAUGUACAGAACAUGGUUACAAGAAAAAGAAUAAACGCCUAUCUUACAGGUCAAGGCAUUCUCA